AUGGAUGCGUUUUUGCAUUAUAACCUGCAGACAUAUGUGUUCACCUCCUCUGAGCUUCCUGACAUAGAGUUCAUAUACUCUAAGUAUUUCAAUAAGAUAGAAGUUAACAGGUUUAACAGCACUGUGGGGAAGUUUGUUGGAUACACUGAGUUUGGUAUCUAUAACGCAGAGCUCUUUAACAACGAUCCUGCAGUUCUGGCACGCUGGAGAGCUCAGAAAGAGAGAGUCUGCAAACCUAAUAUAGAGAUAGAGUACCGAAAAACACUGGAUAAGACAGGUGAAGACCUGACCCAGAAGCACAUCUUGGUCGUGUCCUAUCCUCAGUACUGUCGGUAUCGCUCCGUUGUGGCCCGGCUGGGAGGAAGCCAGCCAUCUCUGCUCACAGACCAGGUGGUGGUGGCGCUGGGCGGCAUCGUGUCACCACAUCAGGACACACACGUCCUCUACUGCCGGGACACAUUUGACCACCCAACGCUGCUGCACAAUGACAGUGUGUGUUAUGAGUUCGCCCUCAACCUUAAGGGCCGUCCCAGGAAAAAGAAGCUGUCUGUUUCUCAGCGUAGAGACCCACAGGGACACGGUAAGGGGUCAGAGGCUAAAGGUCACUGUCACCAGCUGCACACCAACAAGGAGAACGGCGCCACAGCAGGAAAGAACUCUAAGGUGAAAAUAGACAAAACAGCCGUAUCCAAAGCCAAAGGGUGCAGCAACAGUAGCAACAGCUAUUGCAGUAUUAAUGGCAGCACUAAUGUCAAUAGCAGCAGCAAGAAAACAGUGCUUCAGUUAUCAGGGGACAAGAAGGAGGGCAGAGGAGGAAGAGGAGGAGCUGGCGAAGGAGCAGAAGAGUGCACAGCAGAGGAGCAGGCUUUUCUUGUGUCUCUCUACAAGUACAUGAAGGAGAGGAAGACACCAAUUGAGAGGAUCCCGUACCUUGGUUUCAAACAGGUGAACCUCUGGACCAUGUUCCAAGCUGCUCAGAAGCUGGGUGGCUACGACCUGGUCACGGCACGGCGGCAGUGGAAGAACAUCUACGAUGAGCUGGGGGGGAACCCCGGCAGCACGAGUGCAGCUACGUGCACACGCAGACAUUACGAAAGACUCAUCUUGCCCUAUGAGAGGUUCACAAAAGGAGAAGAGGACAAGCCCCUCCCCCCGGUCAAAUCCAGGAAGCAGGAGGUGAGCGCUAGCAUGGAAACAUCCAGCAAUGUCAGUGGCCCCACCCCUAAGACCAAGCUGACUAAUGGAGUGAAGAACCAAGACUUGAAGCCCCUCCCUGACAGAGGUGAUGCCGAGGCCACCAGAGUUGAGAGCACACAGGAGAUGGCAGAGCGAGCCUCUAAGUUCUCCACCCGUCUGGAAACGCUGCAUCCGCCUCACACCGACAGAGAUGGGCAGAGAAGAAGAGAAGAGGAAGGUGAAAAUGGGAGGGACACUCACACUGUGCCAAAGGAUGGCGAAAAAGAAGAGGAAGAUGAAGGAGAGGAGGAGGAGAAGAAGUGGAGGAGGAGUGGGUGGGGUCCCCAGGACACAGGCCCCUCCUGCUUGCUGACUCCACCAAUAACAAAGGAUGACAACACUGCAUUCCACCUGACCCCGGCAGAGGUUCUUCAUGCCAGCCACCCAGCCGUGGACCAGUGGCAACAGGAUCAGUCAGAAUUAAAGGGCAGACAAUGUGUUGAGGCGGCUUCACCUCCUCGACAUCACAGAACCCUGCAGUUUCCAGCUCUUCCAGACCCUGUCAGCGAGCAUGCCAACUUAUCCAGGGGAGAUGACGCCAUUAUUAACUUCACAUCACCCCUCCACACGACAAGGGUCCAGCCGAGAAUCAUGUCCCCACUGGCCAAGAAAAAGCUCCUGUCGCAGGUCACCAGCACUGGAUUACAAAAUCACAACCACUUCCCUUCUUCCUUCAGUCCGCUCCCUUCGCUCGUUGGCUUCACCGCAGGCGUAACAGCAGAGGCUACAGGGCAGCCGGCGGCAGCAACCUCUAGUUUGCCAGCAGCGACUGUCAGUCGUCCUUCUGUAAUCCAGCGCACACAGGGUUUCAUGUCGUGCAGAGGAGAGAUUGUGGAGAGCAGAGGAGAGAGAAAUAGAGCACGGGAGAGGGGGGAAAGGCUAUCAUCACCGUUCUCACAUUCUCACGAAUUUAAUGUGCACCAUCCACCACCUACAUCAAUCCCCCGCUCUCACCCCCAGCCACAUCCCCAUGGGGAAGAAGCACACCAGUGGUGUUUCUCCCCCCCUCUGUGCACUCCGGAAAUGUCAAGAACUGGCAGCACCCCCCUUGGCUCCAUCGGUGACCUUCAUCCCUCCUCACAACUUCACGGUCUUUACAAGAAACCUGAGAACUGUCCUAGCCAGGAGCAAGGGCAGGCGCUAAAUCCGGGCUUAAGUCCAGGGCAGGAGUUACGAAAAGGGCUUUACAUUAAACAGGUCCAAGGUUUAAGUGAGGGGCCUAGUGUAGAAUCCAAACAACAUCAACAAACCGAUUUAAGAUUUCCUAGCCAAUUAGUGAAUGCCGACUUGAAUAAAACCCAGCAGCAACUUCAUAGCUUAAGCUUUGCAAAUGAGUUAGCCAGUGAUGAAUCUAGAGAAUUAAGUUUACCUAGAGAUCCUGAGAGCGCUACCCCCAACUCGAACCAUGACCCUCUGAUGAACUUGUCCACCCAUACCAGUCUGCAGGACACAUCAUCUAGCAGUGUUGACAGCUUGAGAGGAAUAGCAGUAACAUCUAAUGAACAACCAACAGAUCUGAGUCUCCCCAAGUCCUCCUCUCUCAAGCAAUUGCCUCACCACUCCUCUUCCCAACCCCUUCCACAUCAUAUAAUGCAGCAGGACAGUGCUCGCUUGUCCCACAAUGCAAUAUCAGCACCACUCUUUCAGAAUGGGCACAGUACACUUGCUUUGGCAUAUCCCCCUCGAGCAUGUCUUGUGCCACCAAUGGGCAUAUCUACAACACACACACACUCUCCUUCACAUAAUCCUACGCUGGGCAAAGUAGGGGGCUCCCAUCCCAGGGCCCCAGGGAAACUGGUAAACGAUCAUGCGGGAGAAGGAGGGAGGGGAGUGGAGCAAAGAAGUGAAACAAAAGGUGAACGAGAGCGAGAAGGGCAAGAUGAAAUAGGUGCUGCUGAACUUUACAGCAAAAAUUAUGACCCUAACCACACCACCCGACUCAUCCGAGGGUCAAAGGUCCCACCACAGAGCAUCUGUGCGACACGACCACUUAAACGAUCCCUCGAGGAACUGGAACACGGUGCCUUUGAGAGGAAAAUCCGAGCUGUCACACCAAUGCAUACCUCGACGUCAUCUGCGUCCUCCUGUACAUCUCCGUCAUUAUCUUCAGUCACAUCAAAGGAUGUCGUCCCUCCCUCGUCUCCACACAUAAAAACAGGGAGGCCUGAAGAGACGGAUGAUGACAUGGCACACACAGAAACCAUCCUGAGAUCCCUGGCAGCAGUCAUGCCAGAGCAGCUGUACGUGCAUAUGGGCAGCAGCUUCACAGAAGGGGAUAGUGGCGGACAGAAGCGAGGUGCAGCCACUUCACUCGCUCUUCACCCCACCCCAAUAACCCCCCACAUCUACCCCACUGUUGUCUAUCCAGCGAGGGCCUUCUCGCUCUCUGAGCUGCAGGACUUGUGCAGGGACCCUCUGGGGAUCUCCUUAACCACGGGAUACCCCACCUCCCAAAACCCCCUCCACCCGUUCCAGCACUUGAAGAACCAGUCACUAGCUGUCCUUUCCCCUUUGGUCCCACCCUUUGCCAUUCAUUCCUUCAUGAUGCAGAGACAGCUACUGGCACAGGCAGCGGCCAGUCCCACUCAUACAUACGGACAUCCAGCAGCAAGUGCCGCUUCAUACGGAGACCUGCUUCCCCAUGGGCUAUGUGCCGUGUCAGUCAAUCCUCAAACUGCCUUCAGCCCAUCACAGCUAAACUCUGUUCACUCCAGCACUAAGUUGUCAUAAAAGGCUCUCAGCGGGCAGAGGAGGCAGCUUAUGAUGUGCGGGAGUGUUUCAGAGGAGGAUCCAGACUCAGCCGGAUGCAGCAGAACGAGUCGGCCAGUUAGUAAUUCGGUGCCGUUAUGCCAUAUGCCAUCACUCUAAUUACUUCUACACUGCACAGGUCGCUCACAUGAUGAUGAUGAUGAUGAUGAUGACACGUCUCUGUCAAUAAAGGUUGUGUCCAGAUG